GGAGCACUAAAUAAAAAGCACUUUGUGGAAUCCACAACCAUCCUAGGAUGACUCCCCGUUUGGCCACAGCGAUUUUGAUCGCAAUUCUUUUACAGUUUGUUCUUGCAUCAAAUCGGAAAAACAUUCACACUGAAAAACCGUCAUUGAAUGAAAAUCAAAAUGCGAAACUUGAGCCCUUGUUGGUGGAAAUGGCGACGAAAAACGAAUCGGCGCUGCCGAAACUUGAAACCUCUGAAAACGCUAAUGCGCGGAAAAUGACCGGGUACAUCGUGAACGGGGUGGAAACGACGGCGGCGCAAUUCCCGUACCAGGUGGCGCUGAGCGUGGACGAUAAAAUGUUCUGCGGCGGCUCCCUGAUCGCCGCCGACAGGGUCCUCACGGCCGGCCACUGCUGCCAAGGGUACUCUAGUUGGAUGGCGUACAUGGGCACGACCAAACGGCCGCCGCAGAACGACCCUGGUUCCAUCUCGGUCAAGGGCAAGAAGUGCUUGGUUCACGGCAGCUACAACAGGACCAACUACGUCAACGACGUCGCCGUCCUCUUCCUCGAUCAGCCGCUCGACGAAGCCGUGCUCAAAUCCGGUAAAGUUAAGAUUAUUGAAUUGGCAUCUUCCACUUUCAACGUGACCAAUUUGAUGUGCAACGUCAGUGGAUGGGGUCUGGACAAUGAUUAUGACAAAGGUGGCGACCUUUUGGCAAGAUUGAACUACGUGACCCUGAGGUUGGUGCAGACGUCGGUGUGCGAAGAAUUCUACAGCUUGUUGCUCAACACUUACAAAAUCAUCUGCGCCUGUGGCGAAGGAAAUCGCUCCACCUGUCAAGGCGACAGCGGAGGGCCGUUGGUGUGCCUCAACCCCGUCAGCGGCAGGGUGGUGCAGGUGGGCGUGGUCUCUUUCGGGGGCUCCACGUGCACCGCUAGCUACCCCCUGGGCUUCACGGCGGUGCAGAAUUACCUCGAGUGGAUCGAAAACCCGCAAGUCCACGCACAGCAAUCUGAACCCAAGAGGCAAUCCAAAAACACCAAAAAUCGCAGGAACAAAUUCAACCACUCGUAACAGGCGAAUCAAAAUUCUGAAAUAAAUUAAAUGCAAUUAAGCUCUUCAAAUUUGGCCACAACAAUUUAUAGUUGUAAAUAACUCAAAGGUUUGGAAUGUAUUUGACCAUUUUCAGUGCUACAAAUGUUCUUUUAUCGAUUGAUAUGAAAUAAAUUCUUCUUUUAUAAUUUAAAUAAAAC